UCGAGAGCCUCAGUCGGCCAGCGCUCGUUGCCCGAGCAGCAACAUCGCCGGUGAGCGCUCUCUGCCACAACGUUCAUUUGUCUCUGCGUCGCGAGUGUUUGUGCGCGUGUACGGCUCGGUUGUGUGUGCUGUUCCGUUGUCGGGAUGGGACGAGCCCCGGACUACGAUGUAGAGUAGCGGUGCGUACUCCUCUGGGACCGACAUACUCGUAAACCUGCGUAGAAGGGGCCUCAGUGCUCGGAGCCAAGCACGUGGAGAGAAGAGCAGCAGCGUUUGCCGGCGAGGUCAAUCGCCGCUGAUGCCGUCUCUCGAGAUGCCUUCCACGUCGUCCCCGUUGUCGUCGUUCUGAUCGAGCCAUCGGGAAGAAGCUGCUGCUGCUGCUGCUGCAGGACAAGAAGAAGAGGAGCAGAAGAUUGCGGCCGGGAGAAAAUGAGGAUGAUGAUGAUGAUGAUGGCAGCAGUCGACGUUGUUGUUUUCUCGAGGACGUGAGCAGGCCGACUGCGUGUCGGCCCGUCCGGAUUAUUAAAUGGUCUUCGAGAAGAUCGAGAUGCGGAAUCCGGGCUUCCUCUUCGAGGACGCCAGGCAUGGUUACAUACAGUACAUCAGUCUGAGCGAAUGUUACUUCGCGGGGAAAGGCGCGGCGCUGGUGCUGCCGCCGAACGAACGAGCCCGACCAUCCAGGCGCGUCUCGGCGGCAGGAUGCGACAUACAGCAGCAUCUUCAGUCGAUGUUCUACCUGCUCAGGCCCGAGGAGACCCUGAAAAUGGCUGUGAAGCUGGAGUCGGUCCACCCGGGCCGCACGCGCUACCUCGUCGUGGUCUCGUGCACCGGACGACAGGACGCCGAGGAGAGCUGUCUACUGGGCAUCGACUGCAACGACCGAGCGACCGUCGGACUCGUCCUGCGAGUCCUCGCCGACACGGCCAUCACUCUCGACGGCGAUGGGGGCUUCAGCGUCAGCGUCUGCGGCUGUCAGCACAUCUUUAAGCCGGUUUCCGUCCAGGCUAUGUGGUCAGCCCUGCAGACGCUGCACAAGGUGUCGAGCAAGGCGCGCGAGCAGAACUACUUCCUGGGCGGACUCUCCCACGACUGGGUCAGUUACUAUGAGCAGCGGAUCGAGAGCGAUCGCUCGUGCCUCAACGAGUGGCACGCGAUGGACAAUCUCGAGUCGCGCAGGCCGCCCUCGCCCGACAGCGUGCGAAACAAGCCCAGGGAGAGGGAGGAGACGGAGAAGGUGAUACGCUCGACGCUCAAGGAGAUCAUGAUGUCCGUCGACCUGGACGAGGUGACGUCCAAGUACAUCAGGGGUAGGCUCGAGGAGUACCUCGACAUGGACCUCGUGGAGUUCAAGCCGUUCAUCGACCAGGAGAUGCUCACCAUCCUCGGCCAGAUGGACGCGCCGACGGAGAUCUUCGAUCACGUCUACCUCGGCAGCGAGUGGAACGCCAGCAACCUGGAGGAGCUUCAGAAGAACGGCGUGAGGCACAUACUGAACGUGACCCGCGAGAUCGACAACUUCUUCCCGGGCAUGUUCAACUACCUGAACGUGCGGGUCUACGACGACGAGAAGACCGACCUGCUCAAGCACUGGGACAACACGUUCAAGUACAUAACCAAAGCUAAGAAGGAGGGCUCGAAGGUGCUGGUACACUGCAAGAUGGGCGUCUCCAGGUCGGCCUCGGUCGUCAUCGCCUACGCCAUGAAGGCCUACAACUGGGACUUCUCGCAGGCGCUCAAGCACGUCAAGGACAAGCGCAACUGCAUCAAGCCCAACAACAGCUUCCUCUCGCAGCUCGAGACCUACCAGGGCAUACUCGACGCCAUGAAAAACAAGGACAAGCUGCUCAGGUCCAAGUCCGACACGAACCUCGAGUCGCCCACGCUGCUGAUCAAGGAGCACGGCAAGAAGGAGGAGAAGCCCGACGUCAACGACGACAACGACUCCGAGAGCCUCGUUGACGAGCAGUCGGGCCAGGAGCUCAAGAAAUCCGGCCAGAGACCCAAGAGCUGGUCGCCCAACCUCGAGCUCGCCGAGGACCUCCUACCCACGGCCCCGCUGUCGCAGUCCCUCGAGAGCAUUGACAAGUCGGCGAACCCGGAGGUGACUCGCGAGGAUCUCCUGCGCGGCUCGAACCCCAAGACCGGCACCGAGAACGUCAACAACAACAGCAGCAGCUGCCACGCGGAGGAGCAGCAGCAGCAGGAGCGCAACGUGUUGAUGCACUGCGGGCAGUCUUACAGCGUGUCGCAGAACCAGAUCGUCCACCUGCCCGGUCCGGAGUCGACCAACUCGCAGACGCAGUCCACUAGCUGCGUCUCGACGUCGUGCAAACACGCUCGCCAGAACCAGGGUCAGAAGCGCAAGGGUCUCGUGCUCAACCUGACAAACCAGUUCGAGGCUGCCAGCAGCAAGCCCUCCUCGCCCAGUUCCGACGGCGAAGGCGGCAAGUCCGCGCAGCCGCAGUGCGUUCUGGAGAACGGGUGCUGCGCUCACGAGGACUCCGCCGAUACCGAGCAGCAAGCCAAUGCAGGAGACAACAGUGAAUGUCUAGUCUGGACCGCGUCCACGGAUGUCAAGUGCAUCCACGCGAAUGGUAGCAACAGCAGUGGCAGCAACAGCCGCGGCAGCCGCGGCAGCCUCGACCUGAGCGCCGAGAGCGAGUCCACCACCUCGUCGACGACGACUACUCUGGCAGCAACCAGUCAGUCAGGUCGCAAACCAAAGAGGGACGGCGACCCGUUCAGCGCGCAACUCGACAGAGUCUUCGAUCGGGAGGAGAGACAGCCGAGGGAGUCGCCGAGCAGGCAGAGCUCCUGGAGCAGCUACGACAGCGCCGUCGUUAUGGACAACAACUCGGUGCACAGCUCGUGGGCGACGCUGCCCUCGCGAAACAGCUCCUGGGGCUCCUACGAUAUGCGGCCCUCGGGGGAAUCGCUUGGAUCCAGCGGCCUCUUUCCUUACGAUAGAGAGGAAAUACCCUGGCAUCCCGGAACCGUUAAGCGCACCAAGCAGAAGCUCGAAGAGAGCUCGACGACUGGCACGUCGAAGAGAGUCUGCACGCAGCUUUCGGAUCCGUCAUCCGACGAGAAAGCGGCAGAGCGACUUGCAGCAGCAUCUGAAGUCGAGGUCGACAAUCCUUCGGAAGUGCUGCUGCACUACACGUCCUCUCCAACGCCGCGCCGAAGGGAUUCCUCUCCCGUCAGUUCCGAGCACCGAUCAACCGUCGACACGCAGACGAGCUUGGCUGCAGCGGAGCCCAUCGACAUAUCUCUCGUCUCCCCGCGUCAGUCCCCAACGUCGAGCCGACUCUCGAGGAGCGCGCCUGUGCCCUCCUCCCUGGCUGCGGACGCCGAGCUCGCUCCUCUCGCGCUGCGCAGUUGCAAGUCCGAGAGCGAAACGUCCAGUCCCUGUGUCGUCAACACACCCCAGUGCCCCUCGGUGAAGCAUCACAAGAUGGUCCUGGAGAACCUGUGCAACAAGCCCAUGUUCAAGAAACGCGGUCUACCCAGCGCACCGGGAACAGUUGCCACGAGCAUAGCCGUGGACGAUUGUUCGCCAGAAUCCGAGUGUCCGCCACGCAGCACCUCGGGAAUCGUGAAGAAUCUGAAGAAGGAGUUCGAAGCCAAGUCGUCGAGCAAGCUCGAGAAGAGCCCGGAUAGCAGCAGCUUCGAGGCCGGCCAGGAGAACUAUCCUGGAGGCAGCUUGAGUGCGAGCAACCCACGCCAAAAGAGGGACGGCAAGAUCAGAAGUCUGCCCUCCUCGCCCGUUAUUCCGCACAACGACUCCAAGAUUCAAGCGUCAUCUAGUAUGUCCGAGCCUACGACGCGAGAAUCCAGAACUUCGUCGUUCGCCAAGCGUAGCAGCGAGCCUCCGCUCUCGACAACUUGUACCGAGCAGAAUACCGACGACAGCAGUCUCGAGGACCUGUCCGUUAAGGUGCUGGUCGGAAAGUACGAAGUCGCCAAACCCGAGUCCAAGCGAACCUCGGAGGUCCAGCUGCGCGUCUCCUCCUCUUCGCAGCACCAUCACAACCACCACCAUCAUCACCAUCACCACCACCAUCAUCAUCACAGGGAUAGAGAUCACGUGGUGGAGCAUCCGCCCGCCAAGUCCAAGAUCGCGCCGGACCUGGCGCGCCGCUCUGCGCCAAUUAUUAUCAAUCAUCACGCAGCUUCUUUGUUCGAUUCGCAGGCGACAACCGAGGCACCGGGCCGGCCGCCUUCCGUGCCCUCGCCUAGCCAAGUCGUAACAAGCGUCAUCGCCAAGGCUGCCAGUAAGAAGCAGCAGCAGCACGGCCGCACGCAUCCGCUGGCCAGGCUGCAGGUCAGGCCAAGGCACAGCAGUCCCGUUUACAAUACCAUGUGAACCGGAUAUCGAGAAUGGGAGCGGGAGCCAAUGUGCGAACAACGCCGUGUGACAAUGAUUCGAGUAGUGAUAUAUUAUGUAUAUGUAUGUGUAACGAAUCUAAGAGAUUUAAGCGAGAUGGAAGGAAAAAAAUACUUGUGUGAUCUCCUCAACAAUGGACAUAAGACUAAGUUAUUUUGAUGAUCGUAACCUAUAGAUUAUUGUAAGAGGGCACUGACGUUUUUUUCUCGGUCAAUUCCGUUGUUUUAAAGUGGGCGCUUUUCUUGUUUAUGUGGAACACUGUGCAUACUCAACGAUAAUUUAAAACUUUUUAAACAAGCUAUUGCUAGCAAUCAUUUCUGUUGUAGCUGUAACGUGCAAUCGCUUGCUAUUUACUUUGCUGGAUAGAUUUAAUAAAUCUUGUGAUAGGAAAGUUUCAUUUUGCUCUGAAAAUGUUAAUGGCAGAAAGUAGCAGGAACAAAAAAGUGUCUAUUUCAAUUCAAUGAAAAACGUCUAUGCCUCUUAAUAAUCGAUCUUUUUUAGUAGAAUAUGGUCGUCGAAUGUCGACUGGAUUAUGUAGGUUUUGUUGUAGAAAAUGAUUGAUAUUGCCAAUAAUUAAGUUAGCGACAAAAAUAUAAAUCGCGUUCACAAAUUUUUACCGUCAUUUUUUUGAAAGGCUGGAUAAAAUAAUUGAACAUACCAAGACUAAAAAAUGAAUUAUAAUAAUAAUAGCGUUACUUCCUCAUUGAGUCUUAUUUCACUGCGUUAUCCAAUAAAAUAAAUUAAGUAUCGUGACAAGAGUUUUUAUACAUGUGAAAUUUUUAAUGAAGUUUUCAAAUUUAUCUACGCCUUUCCCAAAUAGAAUACAAAUGAUUUCUAAAUUACUACUUUUAAGCCAAAAUAUGUUACACUGCCAUUUUGCUAAGUUUUAUCAUGGCAGUCUAAUUGAUAAUCAAAUUUACCAUCGAUAAAGGCUAAAUGUGUCAAGAAUAUUCGAAUGAUUUAUUCAUUAAUUACGAAUCAUUUUUCGGUCUGCCAAGGAGGCCAAAAAAAAAACGCGAAAUCUUCUGCUAAUAGGGAUGAAUGAAGGUGUGUAUGACGAGUGUGUCAAAACAGUUUAUUCCUAUGUAAUACUGUAAUUUGCAGGCGAGAAUAUAAAUGCGAACGAGUGAGAGGAAGCAAACAGAAAAAUGUGGCGAACGAAUUUUAAUCGAUCAAAGCAAAAGGAAAAGAGAGAGACAGAGCGAGUGCUCGGUCAGGCUGUGAAUGUAAAUGUCUGAGCCUCGCGUCAGUUCUGAUCUGUCUUUUUUCGUUAAAAAACAAUAUGAUAAAAGUCACAUUUAAAUAUUUAGUUUAAAAAAGUGCGUCCGCAAUGUCUACUACGCAUCAUCGAUACGUUUAACUACACUAUUAGCAAUGUAUAGAGUAAUGUGAUCAGAGUGAAAGGCGCACCUUAGGAUGGUGCAAAAAACGCGCGUAUGGACAUCUAUGUAGGUGAUCACAAGGCAAAGAUGUAUCGAGCGAGACUUCAAGAGCCUUGAAAAACGUUCGAGUUUUUAUAGCCGUAUUCGUUUUACGUGUAUCUUUUUACGUAGACAUAUGCGUGUAUUUUGCAAAUAAAAUUUUAACUGUAAAUUUUUUAAGUUAUUGACUAUUACGUUAUUUUAAUAUCUCAAACUGUCAAUCGUUCCUAUUUUUGAUCGACUUCAAUUCGAAUUGUUUUAGUAAGAAAUGAAAUUUUUUACUUCAGUAAAAAUGGUUUUGAACGGUAAAAAAUUUUAAUAUUGUUUGACGAUGGCUUUAAUAAUGACUUUUUAAUAAAAAUAGACUCGAUCGAUUUUCAACAAAUAUUACCCAGUCUCUCUAUCUGUAAUUAAUCCGUUAAAAUAUCAUACUAAUUUUUGUAACGUCAUCAUUAUUAUAACUGUAUUAUAAUGAUUAUCGUGUGGCUGAUAGAAUUUGUAAUGGAUGAAUGUUCAAUUUGUUAGGAUUGCUUUUAGAGCUGGCGAUGCAUUUUUCGCUUAGCAUCGACUUACGGCAUGUCACAACGACGGUCGAAUUCCUAUCGUGAUUCUCGAAAGCCAAGAGUACAAGUCUUUAUCGUAAAAAAAUCGGAGGGUGCUUAGCUCAUUGAGGAAAUAAUGAGAAUGAAAAACUUUCUACUUUGUACCGCCGAAGAUAUUUUUUCAAGACAUAUCAUCACCAUUAUCAUCGCAUCGUCGUUGUCAUCGUCAUCGAAAAAGAAAGCGCAUUCUUUGGUUGUAAUUCGUGAGCGUGAAAAAAAAGAGGUAACUCGCGUCAACGCAACAAUUUUAGUUAGUAUGAGCCAUCGCGGUAUGCUGAGAGACCACAACGGAAAAAACCAUUGCAAGAAAAAAAAUUAAGAAUUUAAGACAAUUGAAAAGCUUGAUAUUCUAUAGAAAACGUUCACAAGGUCUCACGCGCAGACCGUUGACCAAUUUUUUACAACGGCUUGACGAGGGUAACUCUCGUUAAGGGUGCAAAGUACUCGACAAGUACAUUUUUCUCGAGCAUAAUGACAAUGACUAUAUUUUAUUACUGCGUGACGUUUCCAAAAGUAAAUAGAAAGAAAGAGAGUAAUUAAUAACGAAAAGAUGAGUGAAAAAUAUAAAAUUAGGAUCUUGAUCGUUUAGAUGUAGAAAUUGUGAAUAAAUCGAUAUUUUAUUUUCAACUGUAGCUUCGAGAAUAGCCGAUCGUCGCUGUUUAAAGAUUAAUGUGUACCCACUUACUCGUUUAUAAGACUGGACGCGAUCUGGAAAGGGCGCCACUUUCUUCACAGAUUUUGCUCCUCCAUCCAAGAUAAAUAUUCGGCUUUUUUUAUCAAUAACAGUAACAACCUAGCUAUCAACGUAUACAACUUGAAAGAAUAUCGAAAAACCAGGUCUCUUUGUAUUUUAAUUGAACAACGGAGUCUUUUAAAACGUCUUGAUUGAAGAUGCGUAUGAAUGCCCUCUUUCCUUCACUGAGUCGAUUAUCAACUGAUUAGUUGCUAGUACAUCGUGUAAGUUCGUAUAUUAUUGCAAAUCGAUGUGCUCAUUUUUAGUGAUUAUCUACCUUCUUCUCCAUGUCCCUUUUGCUUAAAUGUGUGAGCGUCUUACACGCGAUGAGAAGCUGCUGUCAUGAGCAAGAAAUACAACGUCAUAACAAAACGAAAGAAAUCGUUGUUUCUGUAUAAAUUUUGUACCAUAGUUUGUAUUAAAUAAAAUUGUUUAUUGCUUGA